UUCUGCCAUCUUUUUCGGUUCCUUAAGGCCUGCUGCGACUUUUCGCCGGAAAACUCGCUGUUCCAGCAGCUCUACAUUAUCCCGCAGACAACAUGGCCAAUCCUAGAGUGUUCUUUGAUGUCACUGCUAACGGUGCUUCUAUGGGCCGCAUCGUCAUGGAGCUUCAUGCCGACGUUGUUCCCAAGACUGCUGAAAACUUCCGGGCUUUGUGCACUGGUGAGAAGGGUUUCGGCUACAAGGGCAGCUCCUUCCACCGGGUCAUUCCGGGCUUCAUGUGCCAGGGCGGUGACUUCACCAACCACAACGGAACCGGUGGAAAGUCCAUCUACGGCAACAAGUUUGCUGACGAAAACUUCAACUUGAAACACACCGGACCUGGCAUCCUGUCCAUGGCUAAUGCUGGACCUAACACCAACGGAUCCCAGUUCUUCAUCUGCACAGAGAAGACCACAUGGCUGGAUGGGAAGCAUGUUGUCUUCGGCAGCGUGGUGGAGGGGCUGGAUGUGGUGAAGAAAUUGGAGAAGCACGGCUCCUCUGGAGGAAAAACCUCAGCCAAGCUCGUCAUCGCUGACUGCGGGCAGCUCUGAGCUCCACAGGAACCAACACAACUACCAACCCCCUGCUGAUCCUGUAGUCUGGUCUGCGUUGGGCUCCACCCCUCCAUAAAUAACAUUCCUGUUGGUGGAGAUUCAGCCAAUCCUUCCCCUCUGUUGUGUUCAGCCGAAUCAAUGUUGCUGCAUCUGUGACUUUGCCUUAUGAAGUUUCUUUUGCAUUAACGUUUUUCCACAGAAUCCUGACGGUUUUUUGUUAAAUCAAAUAAAUAAGGAAAUAAAAGCUGGCUUGAUAAUUAA